AAAAAGAUUGCAGCACCACAAUUUCGCAUAUGGUCUCCCACUACACUACUCAGUGUGGCCCUAUGGAGCUUAACUAACGUUGAUCGGACGGGAAACAGUGUGUUCUCCAUGGUAUGGCCGCAACCGAGAAAUCUAGGACGCUGCAAUUAUAUAACCGCUAAACAAAAAUCACCUUCUCCUUCGGCGCAUUCCCUUAUUUGA